UGCUGUGUCCCUUCCUGGCAGACCUACUCGGGUCUCUUCUGCGUCACUGUCAACCCCUACAAGUGGCUGCCCGUGUACAACCCGGAGGUGGUGUUGGCCUACCGAGGCAAGAAGCGCCAGGAGGCCCCUCCACACAUCUUCUCCAUCUCUGACAACGCCUAUCAGUUCAUGCUGACUGAUCGGGAGAACCAGUCGAUCCUGAUCACCGGAGAAUCCGGGGCCGGGAAGACUGUGAACACAAAGCGUGUCAUCCAGUACUUUGCAA